AUGCGAAGACCCUGGACGGAGGUCGCUGCAGCCAAACGUGCAGAACGCGAGGCACACCUCAAGAAUCAUUCCCGGUGCAGAAUAGAUCCAAGUGCCCAUGCUCAAAUCACCCAAAUAGACAAUGUGGCCGCCCUGACCGAUCUGUUGGAAAAGGGGUCGAUCUCGGCGGAAGAUGUUGUCGUGGCUUACAUCGACAAAGCCUGUCAGGCCCAGGAAGAGACAAACUGCCUUACGGAAAUUUGCUUCGACGAUGCCAUAGCACAGGCUAGAGCUCUUGAUGCCUUUCGGAAAAAGGAAGGCCGCCUGAAAGGCCCGCUCCAUGGCGUUCCGAUGUCCUUGAAAGACCAAUUCAAUAUCAAGGGGUUCGACUCAACCUUGGGCUACAUCGGCAGAGCUUUCAAGCCGGCAGACUCUGAUGCACUUCUAGUCCAUGUCCUCAAGGAGCUAGGUGCAGUCAUCAUCGCAAAAACAAACUUACCGCAGAGUAUCAUGUGGUGCGAGACCGAAAACCCCAUCUGGGGUUUGACCACUCAUCCGAAGAACUCGAAACUGACGCCAGGCGGCUCUUCUGGCGGCGAGGCAGCCUUGCUAGCCCUACAAGGUUCAAUGGUUGGAUGGGGGACUGAUAUUGGGGGCUCUAUCCGCAUUCCCAGUCACAUGAACGGGCUUUGGGGUUUCAAGCCGAGUAGUGGCAGAUUGUCAUAUCAAGGUGUGGAAGUCUCCACAGAUGGCCAACAACAUGUACCUUCGGCUGUAGGUCCGAUGGCAAGAUCUCUAGAUUCCCUCAUCAUCACCACAAAAGCAGUCAUCAACAUGGGACUCUGGAAUCUGGAUGCUCUACUACCUCCAGUGCCCUGGGCACAAGACGUCCUUGACGAUUUUUCGCAGAAGCGGUUGGUCAUUGGUGCCAUGCUAGAUGACGGUGUCGUGAAAGUACACCCGCCUAUCGCGCGUGUCUUUGAAGAAACGGUUUCGAGACUGAGGAAAGCCGGCCACGAAAUCGUCGAAUGGGACACAUCCCUAAAUACCGAGUGCAUCAGUAUCAUGGAUCAAUAUUAUACUGCGGAUGGUGGCGAAGACAUCCGGCGGGAGGUCACUGAAGGUGGAGAGCCCUUCCUUCCGCACGUCGAAGCUCUGGUCAAUCGUGCACCCGCGAUAUCUGUGUAUGAGUAUUGGCAACUGAACAAAAAGAAAAUAGCGGCGCAGCAAGCCUACCUCCAAAUGUGGAACAACGCCCGGGCACCAUCAGAACGCCCAGUAGACAUACUGCUUGUGCCUACCAUGCCUCAUACAGCAGUUCCACACCGAUCUUGUCGUUGGGUCGGUUACACCAAGCUCUUCAACUUCCUUGACUACCCUGCUUUGUCGUUUCCGGCGGGCAAAGUCACCAAGGGAUUGGAUCCUGAUGUGUUGCCCGAGGUGGAACCACGGAACCCCCUCGAUGCGUGGAAUUGGCAAACAUACGAUCUUGACUUGAUGGAUGGCCUCGACAUAGGCCUGCAGAUUGUGGGCCGACGCUUGGAGGAGGAAAAAGUCCUGGGAGCAGCGCUGCAGGUUCGUCGUCUCAUGGAGAGCCUACCGUAG